AUGGCUCUACCCGCGAUCUCUUCCGAUGAAUACGCUGUACAUAUACAGCUCAACACCAGCAUUGAGGACCGUGGUUAUCAUUCAAGAAAUAAAGGGCGAGAAAUACAGCGCCCGGGCAUUGUCGAUGAUAUUUGUCAAGGCUUGUUGGUGCAAGCCCGAAUUGACCGCAUCGUACAUGGGACUGAAACUGAAGACGGUAUUCCGUCUAGCUUGAUUGUCUUUGGCUUCCGCUUCCAUGGAAUCAAUCGAAAAAGGAGGCUUCAGAAGGCAACUAUUACGAUUCUAUUCCAAGACGAGGAGAAGGACGAGAACGAGGACCCCAUCCCUAUAUGCCUCUGGCCAAAUGGUGAUUUUACGCUUGGGGAAACGACGGAAAUUGAUAUUGAGGGUACCAAAGGAGCUGAGGUAGCUGCGAACGCUGGUACGACCUACGUGGGGGCGAACAGCAAGAAGACCUGGGAGCGUAAGACAAGCUAUAGAAAAACUGAUCGAGCGAGUCUGACUGGUUCCAUCUUUCUGGAUACCCGCGUUCGGGAUUAUGGGCCUGCGAACUGUGUUCGCCUGACUGUAACAGAGAACGAGACAGCACAGACAGGGCUCGUGACUGACUUAAGAGCCGCUGUGUUAGUGAGGCGGACGAGCGAGUCCAGAUGCUUCACUGCCAGAGUCAAGGUUGAUGCGGAAGCUCACUUUCUCUACGACCUCGUCAAGGGUUUCCGGGACAUAUUAGGUUUCUCGCCUGCAAAUGACCCAAUCAUCUUCAAGCCAGGCAAGGCACACCAUUAUAUCAGGCCGGCAACAUUGGCAGGAUUCCUGGAAGACAAAUUGGCAGAAGCGGUUGACGAAAACAAUUUGAAUGCCCAGAGGCUGGACAAAAUGGCGGCUGUGCUUGGAGCCACAGCCUUGACUGCGUCUGUGGAGGACCUGUCGAAUUAGUGUAAUCAUUUGUGAGCACAGAUACUAAAGUCAUGUCUUC